AUGGAUACAGAUGCUCUUCUAAAACAACAACAAGAUUUGGCAGCAAAAUUAGAUGCUCAAAUGAAAGCAGGACCCCAACCUUCUGCAAAUAGCGUACCAACUGGACCUUGUGUCGGACCACUAUCCUAUAAUGAAGCAAUUUCCAGAAUGAAUAAGAAUAAAGAAGAUUACGAAUACUUAAAGCAUCCAAGAUAA